GAGUUGCUUCCUAAAAAUGUUAAUCACAGUUGGAUUGAGCGGGUGUUUGGCAAGUGUGGUAAUGUAGUUUAUGUCAGCAUACCCCGGUAUAAAACUAGUGGAGAUCCAAAAGGAUUUGCUUUUGUGGAAUUUGAAACUAAAGAGCAAGCAGAUAAAGCUAUUGAGUUUUUGAAUAAUCCACCGGAAGAGGCACCACGGAAACCUGGGAUUUUCCCUAAAACUGUAAAGAACAAGCCUGUUCCUACACUGAAUACAAGUAAUAGCACUGUAGUAGAGGAAAAGAAAAAGAAGAAAAAGAAGAAAUCCAAAGUCAAGAAAGAAAGCGGUGUACAGGCAGCUGUAGAAACAAAGCAAGCAAAUGUAAAUGCUACUGCAGAACAAGCACCAAAGUCAAAGAGACACAGGACUUGUUCUGAGUGUUCUGAAAUGGAGGCAACUGCGACCCCCAGGCAGCCCGCUAAGAGAGAAAAAAGAAAAUGGGGCAGAACAGAGAGCUCCGAGGCAUCUAUGGAAAGCAGGCCAAGGAAGAGAAAAAGAAGCAGCUCCGUGGAUGGUGAAGCAUCAAAGGCCAAAGUCAAGAAGACUGUUCAGAAGGAUGAAAUUCAUGAAGUUCACACUAUUAAAGAGGAAACAACAGAAGCUCAGAAAGAGCCCAAUGAAGUUUCAGCAGAAGAUGAUAAAGAGACUGAGAAGAAAGACACAUCCCUUUCAAAAUCUAAAAGGAAGCAUAAGAAAAAACACAAGGAAAGACACAAAAUGGGUGAAGAAGUCAUUCCGCUCAGAGUACUCUCCAAGACUGAGUGGAUGGAUUUGAAGCAAGAAUAUUUGGCCCUUCAAAAAGCCAGCAUGGCCUCCUUAAAGAAAACAAUGUCUCAAAUCAAACCUGAGUUGACGGGAGAAAUGGAAACAGACGCUAAGUCUCAGUCGAAAAACGGCAAAUCCUCCAGUGAAGACUCUGACCCUCCUGCCAAGAGUAACACAAUGGGCCCCCAGUUUGUGAGUGGAGUAAUUGUGAAGAUCAUUAGCAGCGAGCCCCUGCCGGGCAGGAAGCAGAUCAAGGAUGCUUUGUCCAUGAUGGCGGCUGUUGCUUAUGUUGACAUGCUGGAGGGAGAUACCGAAUGCCACGUCCGCUUUAGGACUCCCGAGGAUGCCCAGAUUGUUAUGAAAUCACACAGAGAAAAACAGAUUAAGAACCCCUGGAAGCUUGAAGUCCUCACUGGUGAUCAUGAGCAACGAUACUGGCAGAAGAUUCUGGUGGACAGACAGGCUAAACUGAACCAGCCGCGAGAAAAGAAGCGGGGUACUGAGAAGCUGAUUGCCAAAGCAGAAAGAAUAAGACUUGCGAAGACUCAAGAGGCAAGUAAACAUAUUCACUUCUCUGAAGAUAACUAACCAAGAGAAACUGCAAUUUUGAAAGUGAUUUAGGGGAAAAGAGUAAAAACAGUAACACUGGCUGCAGCAACUAAACCAUUUCUAACAAAAUAUCAAGAACUGGUUUGUUUGCUUCAUAAUUCUGCAGACUGCAAUUAUGAAUCCCACUUUUCAUUAGAUUGAAUGUUUACUGCCUCUGAGCCUUUAGGUAAAGCUUUGUUGGGGGGGAAAUGUAUUAAGAGAUCUUGCUUAAGUUUAACUUCUGAAUUUUUGUAUGUUGUCAUUUUCUACACUAGGUUAUAAAAUAAAAUGCUUGAGAAAUUUUCA